AUGGAGAUCCUCUCCAACCGUCUACAAACAUUCGCUCCCUCAGGUACCGGCAAGAAGAAAAAAACCGGAUGGCCCCACUCCCUCCCCACCACCAAAUCCAUGGCUUCUGCUGGAUUCUUCUUCCACCCAACAUCAGCAGGUUCAGAUGAAGUUCAAUGUUUCCUUUGUGCAAAACCUCUGGAUGGGUGGGAUCCCACCGACGAUCCCCUCUUCGAACACCUCUCCCACUCCCGCAAAUGCGGUUGGGCACUCAACCGCAUCAUCCGCUCCCUCAUUGAAACCUCCCGAACCCACGAAUGUCUUGACCCCCAAUCGCUCGAAAUGCUCAAAGCCCGAAAAGAAACAUUCGGAAAAUGGUGGCCACAUGAGGAGAAAAGAGCCUGGGUUGGGACUAGUGGAAGGAUGGCUGAGGCGGGGUUUUAUUUUACACCAACCGGGGAGAGUGAGGAUAUGGUUACUUGUGCGUAUUGUGGGUUGGGUUUGGAUGGGUGGGAGAGAGCUGAUGACCCAGUGGCUGAACACCAACGCCGAACACCCUCAUGCCCAUUCUUCAUAGGCUUCAACCCGACUCCAUCACGCGAAGGCUCACUUGAACCUACUAAAAACAAACGACGCGCAUCCUCUGUAGCGGCAGCAUCGACACGCGAUGAUUCCGAUAAUGAAUCCGUGAUGAGCAUACAAUCCACUGCAUCAACACGCGGCAGCAAAAAGAAGAAGCCAGCGAAAGAAAAGAAGAGCAAGACAAAGGACAAGGUGCCCGAGCUCGAAGGCACUGUUUUUCUCGAGGAUGACGUCUCCUCCAUCGCAUCGACCACUCUCAAGACCGCGCGUCGGACCAGCUCACGGCCAAGUACCACAGCCGGAAAAAAGAGGGCGAGUGUAGCUGCGGACGACUUUGAUCUUUACGAGGAAGCGAAAGUGGAGGAGCCACCACGGAAACGACGUGCAAGUUCGAGAGCAGGUUCGAUCGGGCCGGAAGCGGUUAAGGGUCGGAGGCAGAGUACGGGAGGGAAAGCUGCCGUAGGAAGUGAGGAACCUGUGAGGAGUGAGAGAAUUGUGGAGGAGACGGAGGACGAGGAGAUGGAGCCGGAGCCGGUGAAGAGAAGACAGUCGAGUAGGGGCGUGAAAAUCGCGCAGGGGGUUAGCAGUGAAGAGGUGGAGGUUGUGAGUGAGCCGGUUAUCGAGGAGGAGGCCGAGCCCGAGCCCGAGAACGAACCGGAACAAAAACCAGAACCAGAGCCGGUGGUGAUGAACUCAGUUCCCGCGCCAGCACCGAAGAGGAGGACGACGAGGAGCCGUGACAGUAUUCUCUACGCUGGAGAGUCGGAGGGAGAACCCGUUCCUGCUCCACUUCAGGCGCCGAAAGAGAAGGAGACGAAGGCGAAGACAGCAAAGAAGGGAGGGAGUGGGAGGGCCGGGAGUAUGAUGAGUGUUGAUGAAGAGAGUGUGGCGGUGGAAAAGGAACUUAAGAAGAAAGGUCGGGGGAAGAAGAAGAAGGAGGAAGCAUCAGUGCCAGUUGUGACUCAGGGAUUUGAACUUAUGGUGGAAGUAGAUGAGAUGGAGAGGGAUGAACCCGCUGCAGAACCAGAACUGGUCGUGGUGAAGGGCGAACGCGAGAGUAUCUACGGACUGCAGCCAAGCAUGGGCCUUGCGAGCGUCGUGGAGGAAGAGGAACCAGAAGAGGAGCCUUGGGGUGGGAUCAAGAUUGAGAGGGUUAGUUUGGAUUUGGUGGGGAUGGUGCCUGUCAGUCAGAUUCCGCCGCAUACCGAGGAGGCACGUGAAGAGGAGAUGCAUGAGGUGAAAGAGGAUGAGGGACCGAAUUGGGAAGUUGAUGAGGCUAGUCCUGAGCAGGAGGCCGAGCUGGAGAUGGAGGUGGAGGUGGGGGAAGUAAUACAGGAUGAGGUGGAAGUGGGGGAACAGAGUGAGAUCAUCAUGUCACCUGCGAAGAAGAAGCGUGGAGGGAGGAUUUUGGAGAGUUCGGACGCGGAAGGGACUCCGGUUAAGCACCAACAACCUCUGGGGAAGGCACCAGUUCUUGCACCGUCGACUGAGCCGGUUUCUUCGCCUACGUCGGGCGCAGAACCAAAACCAGAACCAGUGCCGCUCGUAUCGCCCGUUGCUGCCCUCACCUUAACCCACAUCUCACAAGAUCUCAUCCCCUUCCCCAAAGACGCUUCCUCAGCGCUCACACCCGCUGAACUAGAUCUCACUGUCGAGGAGUGGAAUCGGCGGCUUACAGAGGGUGGGGUAGAGGCGCUGGAGAGGGAGUGUGAGGAGAUGGUACAGGGUCUUGAGCAGGAGGGGAAGAAGGCUGUUGAGAGGGUUAGGGAGUGGCCGUCGGUGGUUGAGGAGUAG